ACACACACACACACACACACACACACACUUUACCUCUGACACGAACCAAAAACACUGCCGCAAAAAUGAAGUUCCUCACAAAGCCCGAGUGACCACUGCGGACCGUUACAGCGUCCAGAGAAACCCGCUGCCCACGGGCUCGUCGGAAAUGUCCCGUUAAACGCCGAACAAGACGAAUUAACCGGACACGCAAAGCUGACCGAGACGCUGGUCAGCGCCACGACGCGGUAAACAAUCCCGGGGCUAACGCUAACAGCUAGCUGCUAGCCUAAGCCAGGCUUCAGGAGCCCCGCCCGCCCGCAGGAACCGGUGAAGAUCAGAAUCGCCUCAAUACUCACCGGCCGCAGGAAAGGGGUUCGGGAGUGACCCCCCCAGACCCCCAGCGGCGCUAGUAUAUCUGAUCAACUCAUCAUCUCUACCCCCAGUUUCUACUGCGGGCGCCCCGAGACUUUGGGCCGACAGACGCUCACCGCCACGCGGGCUAACGAGCGGCGCCUCAUCACCUCCGAGUCGGAGCGGGACGGGACCCCGACCGGAUCAAAUAAGAUCACGGUGUAGGAUUUUAAACACACACUCUCUCUCUCUCUCUCUCUCUCUCUCACAACACACAGCUUCAUUCAAACAGACAAACACCCGCUCUCUCACCUCAGCACGCGCUCACACACACACACACACACGCGUUCAAACUGCGUCCCAUCCGGGAGGGCGUCGCUUUAUACCGCUCAGGACUCAGAAACCACCAGAGAAAACCACAUCGCCCCCGUGUGGUCAUUGUCGAGCACGUACAACAGGCGACUGGCGCAAAGUGGAGGUUUAGGCUCCCAGUCAGUGGAGCAAGUUCCGUGUUUAACACAGCGAGGCGUGAAUAUUAAGGCCUGAGGGUUUUAUUACACGACAACAGAGAGAAUUUAAAGAGCUCUACAGGCUCUGUAAUACAAGCGGUCCGCUCGACUCCAGACAUUUUGGGGUCGAGUCUGAUUCCGAGUCCAAAUGAAUGGAGUCGAUUCCAGGAGUCUAUUACGUGCGCACGUUUCAGCGUAGGGAAGAGUUAAGAUCAUAAACCAAUCCGAUUGUUGAUGGAGUGAAAGGCAGAUUCUGACAAGUAAAUGUGACUCCACAUUAGCUGAUGUCCCAAAUGCCUGGAACCAGAGAAUCGAAUCUUUUUUUGGAAUCGACACCCAGCACUGGCUCACUUCAAUUCCACAUUUUGGAAAAUACGUGAAGCUUAAUUUUGGCAGUUAUCUUAAAUGACCUUUUUCUCACAACUGUUGUCUUGUUAAUAGCCUAUGUGCUAUCAGCCUGUGAAGGACUGUUUUUAACAGCCAUUUCAAAGACCUAAAUUGAAUCAAACUAUGUUCCUUUUUGUCCUUCACAAUUGCUACCUGAACACAGCCAUUUAUCUAUUUUGUCUGACUGUAAAUAUGUUUUUUAUGCUCUAAGUACAACAUCCUGUGUCAUGCCAUGUAAUCUUCACGGUCAGAGCCAAAACUGUGGCCUCCUACACUCGUCUUUGGUGUGACAUCUCUUAAAAGAGCAGGAGCAGGAGUUGAGUAUCUUCAGUGUUGUAUCACUUCAGUUAAAAGCAGCAUUGAUGUCUAUAGCAAUUAGCUAAUCUACCAUCCUGUGCGCCUGGGAUUGCAGAGCAAGUUAAUCCUGAAUGGUGUAAUGGGAUUGUAGAGGAUGUCUGCAAUCAUUGUUGAUAGUCACUAAGGACAUCUCAAUGUCUGCACCCACACCACCCAAUACAAUGCUGGAUACAGCAAUGAAGCAAACUGCUACAUGUGUGGAGCGACCUGGCUUUAGACAUCAUAAAAAAGAGAACUAUGUGUGCCAAGCAUCUCUGUCUCGACAGAGCACAGAGGGCAGUGAGGAGGUCACUCAGCUUCGCAAGCUAAACGGCUCUCCCAUCGAGUGUCCAAGCCACCAGAACCUCCACAAAGAACUGCUGCUUAGCCAUAAGAGGGGUCUGUUGUUGGAGGAGAAGCCGGAGCUGCAGAGGGUUUUGGAGCAGCGUAGGUUGGAGCAGCACCGUGAGCAGGAGCUCGCCCUCCGACCUCCCUCCGACCUGGAGCAGGAGCUUCGCAAGAGACAGCAGAGACUGCUAGAGUAUGAAAUGGAGGAGAUGAAACGCCGAGAAGGUCAAGAAAACGUCCCCGAGUUUGUGCGGGUCAAGGAAAAGCUGCGGCACAUAGAAGUACCAGAGCAAAAUGGCUGAAACUUUCGCUGGACAUUUCUUUUGAUCUGCGUAAAACCAAUCCAUUAAACUAAUUGCUGUGAUAAAUAUACAAAUGGUGUGUAGAGCUAAUAUAGAAAUAGUCUAAGAACGCGUCUUAUAUUAACUGUUUAGAUCGUAAUAACGGACCUGUUGCUCACACAAUUCAGUAGUUUUACUAAUUCCAAAAAGUAUUAGCAUCAUGUGUACCUAUAAAUGUAACGUAGCACUUUCUCUAUUUUUUUUUUACUUUACAUAAAACAAAAUGUUUUAACAUCAAA